UGUGAGUGGGACUCAUCCUUUGUUUGUGCAUCUAUUUAGUGGACUUGAAAGGGCCACGUGCCAACACCCAGAGGAGAGCUUAGAGCAGUCUCUCCACACAGCUCCACUGAGGUCCAGUGCUGACCAGAAGGUGGUGGAGACUCAGAGACACCAGACCUAGAGGAGGAGAAACAGCUCAUGUACCCUCCUCUUCCACCGCAGUGAUGAGGUCUUCCUCACUGGGGUGAUUGACAGCUGAUUAUUGGACUUGCGGCUGGUUUCGGUGGAUCAGUGAAGCUCUUGACAAGUAGCUGUGGAGAACUCUACUGUUGCUGGGCAGUGAUUUCCGGUUGGACCCCAGGAGCCAAGGGCUGCACGCCGUGAGCAGCUGCUUCCUGGAGACGUGAUUGGGGUCUCCCGGGCAGGAAGAGCAUGGAGCCCAUCAAGAGAGACAUGGAGCUGCUGAGCAACAGCAUGGCCACCUACGCCCACAUCCAGGCCAACCCCGAGAGCUUCGCCCUGUACUUCAUGAUGGGCGUGUGCUUCGGCCUGCUCAUGGCGCUCUGCCUCCUGGUGACGGGCAUUGCCUGCCGCCCACGGCGCCCGGCCAAGGCGCCAACCUCCCCCGAGAGGCGGCGUCUCAAGGAGUCCAGCGAGGAGGACGGCGACGAGGACGACGACGAAGACGACGACGAAGACAGCAUGGCAGACGACCGGACCCGCGAGCUGGUGGAGGUGGACGGUGGUUGCGAGAUGCUCAAAGUGACAGUGGCGCCGGCGAGCGAGCACGGCAGCAGCCGCUCCAACGGGACGCUGAGGAGCGUCAACGUGUUCGCCUCGGCCGAGGAGCUGGAGAAGGCGCGCCGUCUGGAGGAGCGGGAACGCAUCGUCCGCGAGAUCUGGAGGAACGGCCAGCCGGACAUACUGGCCACGGGCACUGGCACCAUCGGACGGGUGCACUACCACUAGCGGGGGAGGCUAGGCCCAAAACCCGGCCUGGACCGCUGCCUUAAGGGGCCUACACACCGCCCAGACUCAAACCAACGGCCAACUGCCUUUAUCCGACCACUCCAUAGCCUCUCGUCUGACCCGUUCGGCAGAAAAGUUGCAUUGAAACAUACCGCAGUAGCGUGUUUGUUUGUUCGCAUUUGCGCCUGAUGCAAUAAGUCUCCUUUACAUCGGGGGGCGCUAGUCUCGUGGCAAUAGUCCGCCCCUCCCACACGCCGCGCUGAUUCGCUAGCAAUCAGAGGCUCUGAUUCUCAGACCUCAACGCUCCCAGACUUUGCAAGUUUAAUCAGGCAAGACACCGUCCGUGCAGUUCAAAAAGCUUCCAUCACAGCUGAACACACCGAACAGAUUUGUUCCCGAACUCGUCCGAGUCACCCCAAACGUUUCAGAUUGCCAACGGUUGGGCCAGUUUGUUCAAUGCUUUAAUGACUAUUAAGCUACUAUGGUUUCACUAUAGAGGACCCUGACCUGUCGGGCGCUUUGUCGCACCAUCUUGGACGAACUCACGUCUUCUUCUGUUCGUUUUUUGUUAUUGAUGCAUACAUGUGAAUAACUUGUGAUUUUUACACAACCACUCGUGCGAUUAAAGUUUUGUAUUUCACAAAAAACGAAUGCCUUUACAAGUACAAGAUACAAGCUACAUGUCUUGAUUCUAACGAGCCAUACCACUCACACUGUAGGAGUCUUAUCUCAGUAGUAAAUACUUUCCUAAGUACCCCCCCACCACGUUAUCAUCGCCUUCCAGACAGUCACUUCCUGUGUUUUCUUUCCCACAAUUCCCAGCAGUCUCGUCCUAUUUUAGCUCUCGCCCGGCGCUCUCUCUCCCUGUCUCGGCUAACUGAAGAGCAGUUUGUUUCGCGCCCAUGAAAGAGACCGUUUGUCCGCACAAGAGCAGAUACCUCGACCGGCGUAAACUGUAGGUGCAACCACCCAAUGCUGCCAGCAAGUUCCGUGAGUGGAAAACUGAGGUUCCGAAUAGGUAUCCCCACCAUGUGAGACAUUUUUUUCCCCCAGUCCUACUGGGCCGGGACGCAUGAAGCGGUUGGUUGUUGGCGCUCCCGGGCUAGGCGGGUAACCUGUCACGUGUGGUAGCGCGUGGCCCAGGGCCGGUUGAAUCAGCGCGUGUUUUGGGUGCCAGAGAAAACAAAUCAGGGGACUGUUGACCCAGACGGUGACUAACGGGUCUCUCCUGAUUGGCGGUAUGUGCACCUGUGGGCGGUAACAACUAUUCCAUAUUGGCCACCUAACCCUAACAUUUAGAGAUGGAUAUAUAUGCACAAAAAGAUCGAUAACAAAGAUAGAGUUGGAAAGACAGACGCAUAUAUAAAAGAUUGUCUGAACACAAAUAGUCAAAUAAAAGAUUUAUUGAAAAGGACAAAUAAUUCAAAGAUUAGGAAACGGUAAAAAAAAAAAAAUACAUUUCAGCUUCCAAUUUGAAACAAAACCGAUUCCAUAUAUAUGUGUUGCGUCAGUCCAGUCUAACAGGCUGCACGGACAGGCGCGUCGGACAACAUGUUCUGCUACUCUGCUGCAGUCUCCCGUCGUUAUAUCUUCUCACAGCCGAGCAUCGCUUCUUUCCCUCUUCCCAGGCCAUAAAUAACAAAAAAAGGGCACGAUUUAACUGAACAGCAGCGUCGGUAUGUUGCCAAAACUGAAGCGCAAACGUAUAUCUAAGUAAUUAUCAUCGCUUCGUAAAAAAAAACAAAUAUUUUUGAUCCUAUCAUAAAAUGUGAACACAAAGGCCAGCUGCACCACCCUUAAGCAGUAACCGACACCUCUACAGCAAACCAAAUGGCACGGUCACUAAUCGUCUCCGAAUUUAAAAGCAGGGUAGCAUAUCCACAAUCAAUGAGAACACGUCAAAAUACAGAUAAAAACACCCACGGGUGACGAGCGAAAUGACAGAGUGGCAGCGCGUGGAGGGAGAUUGAACUGAAGACCCGAGAAAACAACGGCGGGCGCGAAUGGUGACUUUCUUUAUGGAUAUCGUGGAUAUCGAAUUCUGUAUGUGUAUUUAUAAUUGGUCCCGUGGAAUAAACGCAAUUAAUUAACGUAAUGAUUCAACAUUCCAUGCAGUAUACAGUUGAAUUCAUUAACCUAAAUUAAAGUAAAAGUAAAACCCUUUGAUCUUUCGCUGUUUGCCCGACCCCGUUCAGUUGGAGCGGUACAGAGGGUUAACAGCUAGCAGUACGGACUCCCUAUUAAGGUCAACUCCAUGUUAAUCUAAGGCACAAAUGCAAUUUGCUACUCAUGCGUUUCUCAGAAGACCUGUCCGUCUGUCUGUCUCGCCCACAUUAACGGCCUCGCAAGGCGACCGACCAAAACGGGCCUCGAUAUCACAUAAGACCCAGUGCUCGCUGACCAUUUUAGGUCAAUUAACUCCAAUCUCUCCUUUUCCCGCUCCCAUCUUCCCUCCUAUUACAAAAUUGCCGAUACAUUUAUAACCAACUUUAAACCUUAAGAGAAAGAUGAGAGGACUCGAAGUGCAACAAAAAAAAAAAACGACAAAUCAAAAUCCCCAAACGAAUCUGUGAUCAUAAACAGCGCUCUGAGAGUGAGGAGGAGGUGACGCAGAGGAGGAGGAAGAGGAGGAGGAGACCCCCAGACAGCCUGGAGGUGGUGAAGACGCACUACUUGGGCGCGGCGGGCUCGGCCUUGCUCUCCUUGUGCUCCAGCUCCAUGGUGUCGUCAGCCAGCUCCCCCUCUUCCCCGCCCUGGAACAUGUCGUGGGUCCACUUGGGGCUGGCCCCGCCCUUGCGGUAGACGAAGCGGCCCCGGCGGGUGGGGAAGGGGCCCCCCCGCCCGCGGCCCCUGGUGUCCACCCAGCCCUUCUCGCCGUCGCGGUCGUCG